UUGAAAACAGGAUUGACAGCUGUGCUUUUGCAGUACACCGAAUCUUCAUGGAGGUAAUCAACUAGUGAACUAGUGACCAAGGCAAAGGGGAAGAACAUUAGAAACGAGUCUUCACAUUUGAUAGAGGGAUUGUUUGAGAUUGAAGUAGAAGUUUAUACUUUCCUAAACAUCGAAACAAAAAUUCCACAUCAAACAUGGCUGCUACGCAGGAUAACAUGACGUGUGCAGUCUGCACAAAAGUUUACACAUCACCGAGGUUUCUUCCCUGUCAUCACACCUUCUGUCUAGAGUGUCUAGAGGAGCUGGCAAAGAGAAAUGGAGACACCAUCCCGUGUCCUACCUGUAGAGCUCCUGCUACUGUACCGCCAGGUGGUGUGUGUGAUCUACAAGUCAACUUCUACUUCACGGAGGAAGCUCUGGAGGAGGCGCGUAGUGAGGGAAGUCUGUCCGUGUGUCCUGUUCACACUAAGAAGUGUCUUGUAUUGUAUUGUACACAGUGUCACCAAGCCAUAUGCACCAGAUGUAAGCUCACCAAACACGAGGGACACGUUACUGAAGAUCUGGCAGACGCCGCCGCUCGCUGUAAACAAACGAUUGAACAUGAACUGAGUCGUCUUGAUGUUUCAAUUGGUAUUCUAGAAUGGAAAACACAAUGUUUUAGAGAAAACAAGAAGUAUUUAGAAGAAAAACAAGUUGCAUUAACGAAGCAGAUUCAAGUCCGGCAUGACGCCAUUGUGGCUAUGGCAGGAAGAUAUCGUGACCAGGCGAUGAGAAAUCUUCAGGAAUUGUCAGAGAGUGCUAGGAAGGAGUUCACCGCCAUGACACAGCCAAUAAUAGACGAGAAGAACACCCUUCUCAAACUUAAGGAACGAGCUGUACACGCGCUAAGGUCAGCCUGUGACAUGGAGGUCGUGGAGGUGGAGAGAGAGAUGACACGGGGAGAAGGAAACGCCGAGCGGUUGAGAGAACAAAGUGCUGGGUGGCCUUCUAUGACUGAUCUACCUGGACUCCAUGGCGAUUUCACUAACGACAUUGAAAACUGUGUCAAGAUGUACAUAGGAUCGCCAGUGAAGCUGACAAAACAGAUUGAGAAUAGUUCAUGGUUUUUUACCCGUAUUAGACCUGGAGAUAAUGAAUGUUGUGAGGUGCACGCUUUGAGGCAAAAGGAGGAUAAAAGUAUCGAGGUAUUUUAUGGAGGAACGGGAGGAGACUUUUCUAAAGAGAGGUCAGCGAUUUUCAUGGCUUGUGAUCGUCAAAGAGCUGUUGCUGAGCAUGAGUACGGCAAAAGAGUAUCACCCAUCACACGAAAAGAUCACAUAAUGGAAUGGGAAGGACAAGAGAAGAGAAUUCUCGCUUCAAAGGAUGCCGCCAUGUAUUGUAUAAAUCAGAACUGUACGACAGGUGAGUGUUUUAUAAGUUCAGUUAAGUUAGAACAAACAGACGAGAAGGAAACAUGGUGUUUCGGUUUUCCUUUAAUCCAUCCAGAAGUAAACAGGAUACAUAACUUUGAUGCUGACAAAGACGGGAUGUUGUUUGCUGUGGUAGACGAAGAUAAAGAUGAAACUUCAAAUGAUGAAUUAUGUAGGAAAGAUGAAGAGAACACGUGCAAAGAAAGGUCCCAUCGUGUUGUACGUGUUUAUUCUAAUCAAUCUAACAAACCUGUAGCCACCUACACACCACCAGUACAACCGUUUUUCCCAACAGACGUCUGCUUUUGGGGCAAAAAGUUGUUGAUUUCUGAUUGGAUGAACGACUGCGUACACGUUACAAAGGUAGAUGACAAUGAGAUCACAUUUGUCGACUACCUGCCAGUCAGUGGUAACAUAGUGCGGCCAACAGCUUUAAAUGUUGAUGUUUACGGCUACCUGCUCAUUGGGUGUGGCGAUGGCUUGUUUCUACGAGAUUACUUUUCCGCUUCUUAUUUUGGAAAGUAGAAGGUGUAUCACAAUUACACAUUUUAUUUGAAAUCAGCUUCUGCUGUGGGCAAAGAUUUGUUUUAUACAUUUUCUUAAACAGUUGUGUUUAACCAGUUGCUGUUUUUUCUUUAUCCACACUAAAAAGAGGUUGUAUAUUCUGGUUACUAGUGCACUCAAGAGAAGGUUGGUGGUUUUAUGAUUGUUAGAGUUGAUGACAAGAAGCACAUGAUGAUAACCAUACUUGGAGUCUGUGUUCUACCCGCUUUGCGAUAAACAAGCAAAACACCAUCGUCGACAUUAGGUUAUGCUACAUUCACUUGCCUUUCAUGUUAUUUGUCUAUAAAGAACUUUGUCAAUGUUUAAUGAAUGAAAAAAAUAAUCCGAUAGAUAGUUUUUAGAUUGUGAGAAAAUCCAGUGUCACCAGGUCACAUCAUGUCAGAGUUGCGUUGCAGGUCUCAGCUUAGCUUUUGUUUAUUUAACCAGCAGUGAAAGAAUGAAAGUCUGAUAAGAUUCUUGGAUUUGUGAUGAAUGAAAACAGGGAUAGAUGAAGUUAUCGUAUUAAUUACAUUAAUGAUUUUUUGGAAAAAGAAAUCUUUUACAUGAUUUCUUAUUACUGGCUUUGGCAGACUGAUACACAUGUUCUGUACCUGUACCAGAACUCACAUUUUGAGUUAGUGUGGAUUUGAUUAAACAGUCGAGCUGUCUUGUCAGCAUUAACAAAUAAAUGAGUGAAUGUAUUUUGUCAUACAAUAUGUCAUUUUGUACUGGCAGAUUGCAUUGGUUAUAAGUACUUUUUACACUAAUAUGUCAGUUUCUAUACAAAUGAAUAGAUGGAGUGGUGUGAUGCUCAUCUCUUUCAAAAUAUUUUGCUAAUUUUCACGAAGACUGUGUAAAAUAGUGAUCAGUGAGUGAAAUGAACUGGACUGUUUAUUUGAUGGGUCAACGACCCGUUCAAAGUGGGGUGAAAUAUUGUUACAUGAUCAUCAAU